UUUAAUCUCAACUGUUGCACCUAAAAUAUACUUCAAUAGAGAUACCUGACUAUUGACAUUUGACGGGCAGUGCUCUGUUAUUGUGUAGUAUUUAGUACAUGUUUCAUUAAUUUUAUUAGCUAUGGCCGAGGAGGACUUGAACGACGACGGAAGUGAUGUGAAUACGAAAUUCGGGUUAAGGUUGCGUGGGAGAAAAGGUGCUCUGAAGAAAAAAAAUGUUUACAACGUCAAGAACCACCGUUUCAUUCCCAGAUUUUUCAAACAGCCUACCUUCUGUUCGCACUGUAAAGAUUUCAUUUGGGGAUUUGGUAAACAAGGAUAUCAAUGUCAAGUUUGCAGUUUCGUCGUGCAUAAAAGAUGCCAUGAAUACGUAACUUUUACCUGCCCUGGCGUGGAUAAAGGAGCGGACUCAGAUGACACUAGAACUCGACAUAAUUUUAAAGUGCAUACAUAUUCAUCUCCUACAUUUUGUGAUCAUUGCGGUUCAUUAUUGUAUGGAGUGAUCCACCAGGGAAUGAAAUGUACAGCAUGUGAUAUGAACGUACAUAAACGAUGCGAAGAAAGUGUUCCUAACUUAUGUGGUUGUGAUCAUACAGAACGCAGAGGAAGAAUGCAAUUAAAAAUCAAUUGUUCUGGAAGCAAACUUACUGUUCAAGUAAUGCAAGGACGAAAUUUAAUACCAAUGGAUCCAAAUGGAUUGAGUGACCCCUAUGUGAAACUUAAGCUUAUUCCAGACUCUGACAACGUUAAGAAGAAAACAAAAACUGUUAAGGCUUGUUUGAAUCCAGUUUGGAAUGAGACAAUCUCUUUUGAAUUAAAACCAGAGGACAAGGAUCGUCGUCUGUUGAUUGAGGUUUGGGACUGGGAUAGAACCUCCCGUAACGACUUCAUGGGUUCUUUAUCAUUCGGUAUCUCAGAGAUAUUGAAAGCUCCUGCAGAUGGUUGGUUUAAGUUGCUUACACAGGAAGAAGGAGAAUUUUAUAAUGUCCCAGUUCCAGAAGAAGGUGUUGACAUGGCCACUUUAAAAAAUCAGCAGAGGGUUUGUCUUAAUAAGUCCUCUAUAACUAAAAAGCCAUCUCUACUGGUAGAUAAAGAUGUUCCACAUAAUAUGGGCAAGAAGGACAUUAUUAGGGCCAGUGACUUCAACUUCCUCAUGGUAUUGGGAAAGGGCUCAUUUGGAAAGGUUAUGUUAGCUGAGAGGAAAGGCACCGAUGAAUUGUAUGCUAUUAAAAUACUGAAAAAGGACAUUAUUAUUCAAGACGAUGACGUUGAGUGUACAAUGGUUGAAAAACGAGUACUGGCACUUUCCAAUAAGCCUCCAUUCUUAGUUCAAUUACAUUCCUGUUUUCAGACAAUGGAUCGUUUAUAUUUUGUUAUGGAGUACGUAAACGGAGGCGAUCUAAUGUUUCAAAUUCAACAAUGUGGGAAAUUCAAAGAACCGGUAGCAGUGUUCUAUUCAGCUGAAAUAGCAAUUGGUUUGUUUUAUUUACAUUCUAGAGGAAUUGUGUAUCGAGAUUUGAAAUUAGACAAUGUUUUGCUGGAUCAAGACGGUCAUAUCAAAAUUGCAGAUUUUGGCAUGUGCAAGGAAGGUAUAAAUGGCGAUAAGACCACAAAAACCUUUUGUGGAACUCCAGAUUACAUUGCACCCGAGAUCAUCUUAUACCAGCCUUACGGCAAGUCGGUAGACUGGUGGGCGUACGGCGUAUUAUUGUAUGAAAUGCUCGUUGGGCAACCACCCUUUGAUGGAGAAGACGAAGAGGAACUGUUUGCCGCUAUUACCGACCAUAAUGUUAGCUAUCCAAAAGCGUUGUCAAAAGAGGCAAAAGACGUGUGUAAAGGGUUACUGACAAAGAACCCCAAUAAAAGGUUAGGUUGUGGACCUAGAGGUGAGGAAGAUGUGAGGGGUCAUGCAUUUUUCAGACGUAUUGAUUGGGAUAAAAUUGAGAACAGGGAGGUACAGCCACCUUUUAAACCAAAAAUUAAACAUCGUAAAGACGUCAGUAAUUUUGAUAAGCAGUUCACUUCCGAAAAGACCGACUUGACUCCAACCGACAAACUUUUUAUGAUGAAUUUGGAUCAAACUGAAUUUAUGGGUUUUUCAUUCUUGAAUCCGGAAUUUGUACAACACGUUUAAGGGGAUGUGAAUCCAUGAAACACCAUAUAAAUUAAUAUAUGAUUUGGUCACAACAAACAAGCGUAUAAUUUUAUUAUGAAAAUUAAUAAUAAUGUUUAAGGUAAACCAACAUAUCUCAAACAAUUCUCUUUUAGCGAGUAAGUUUUAAAAUAAUUUUAAGCAAAAGGCUAAUUACAUGUCAUAGUUUUAAUGUUUCUCUAGUGCCAUUGUUCUGCUAUGCAUUCCAACAAUCUAAUUGUGUUCUUUAUCGGUAUGGAAAAAUGAGACAUAGCUGUAGCAAUAACAUUCCUUAGACUUAGGUUAACUAGUUGUUUAAGUGACUGAAUUGCAUGUUAAUUUUUCGGAGGUGAUGCAAGCAUUGUAUUAAUGAUAUUUGAAUAUUAUGUCGCCUCUUUUUUCGACAACUACCACGCAAUCUAAUUGUAACGGAUAGUUGUUCACUUAAUAUUUCUUACAGUUCUUCCAGUCAUUAAAAUGACGUGAAUAUGUGUAAACUUUAUUAUAUGAAUUUUAAAAGUCAAAACGUAUUUCCCAUGUGAGUGAUAAUGACCAUCAUUUUCGAUGGCAUCUGUAUAUUAAUGUUGCUACUGUCUUAAAUUUAUCAUAGCGUGUAUAAACAAUAUUUUGAUACUUAGGUGACAUAGAUUAGAACUAGAAUGAAGUAAUGAUUUGAAAAGUGCCAAUCCAAUUGUAUACCUUUUUCUGCUGCAAAAAUUAGUGUAUUCAUUUUUUCUUUGGGAAAACUACCGAUAUUUAUAAAAAUAAGUAUUGCUAAAAUAUUAGUUUUAGUUGCAACAGUACACUAAUCUAUAAAUCAAAACAGGAAAACAUCAUCAAAAUAGUUGUAGGUAGCAAUGUUAGGUGAUUUGCACUUGUUUUGUCUACUGAAAAGGACUAUACUCAAAAGUUAAUAAUUGUAAUUAAUUUAUUAUUUAUUAUUUAUAUAAAUUAGAGAUAUUAGUAUGAGAAAAAAGGCUUUUUCAAUACAAACACAGUCAAUUUUAACAGGUUCUGUAUGUAGUACAUGAAAUGGUAACCAAGAAAAGCAACGUAUUACUUUCGAUUUCUUUUGUCGCUCUCAAGUAUUGUAAAUUACUGUAAAGUAAGUUUCGUCAGCGACCGUAUAUGGCGCUACUGCUUACAAUGUAAAGCGCAUGUACCAGCAGGAAGUAGUGGUAUGCGCAUUUGCCCCUAUUAAACACAUAGGGACAGUUCCCCUCUAUUAUUAAUAAAUAAUCUUGGCUUGGUUUCUUUGAUCGCUUUGUCCAUAUGCGCCUAAUACAUGCGACUAUAAACUGACAGAUGAAGCAAGUUAUUAUUGGAUAGUGCCCUUAAAAAAAAGUGUAGUAGCUUUUUAAACCAUCUCCCGCCGAAUGCGAGGUACGUGCUGUUUAAAAUUUAUUCACACUGAGAAAUAAGGCAUCUGUGUGAACUGAAUUAACAGAAAGUGUCGAUUCAAUUAGUUUUUGAACACUUUUCAAUCUUUGUUUAACCUUGUCAUCGGCAUUGCCCAGUCUAGACCAUCGUCUUGCCAUGAUGUCGCUUAUGACAAGUAACUUCAUGCAAUUUCUGGAAAUCUAAGCGUUAUCAAUCGUGAAGAAAUCUUGUAACAGCUACCUCUCCUAACGGCACUUUCAUAAAUAUGGGUACACGGUCCAAUCUGUAUCUAUUUGAUCUGGUGGGGUGUAGAAUUGAUCCUUUUUUAGCUUACCUUCAACUUCAAAUUGGAUCCGAAUUAGAUGGAUUACACAACCGACCCGUCAACCAACUAAACUGUAUCGUAUAGAACGGCCUGCUGAUAGAACCCGAACUUAGCUUAUUAGGUUAUAAUUUUUGACUUGUAAUUUAAAUGAUAUAGUUUGUGUGAAGGUUAAUAUUUGGUUAUCGUUCCUAAUGGGAACAGAAUGAAAAGUAUACCUUGUUUACGGCAGCAUGUAAACAAUACAACAACAAAGAUGUUGGAAGCCAAGUUGUGGAGAGGUUGGUUUCUUAAUAAAAUGUAGAGCAUUAUGUAGCUAUAUUGCAAGUAUCAAAAGUAAAGGAAAGUGUGACAAAAAAUGUAUGCUAUAGUUAUGUGAAAAUUCGCCUCAAAAUAUCUGCCGAGGCCUCUUAAAUAUAUGUAUGGUUUUCUAGGAGAGAGAAAGAUGACAAUAAUUAAUGGUAUGGUCAUAACGGAGCACACAGAGACACUAUUUUUUAUUACUGAUCGAUUAGCAUGUUAACUAUGAGUUUUUCCACUUCUUCAUCGUUUUUUUACUGUUUAUUAGCUUUUCUUCAUCUACCCAACUCGACGUCAUGAUCGUCUACUAAGACCUUUUGAAAUCAAACAGGUUAUCAUUUAAGCAAGUGAAAAUUUCCAGAGUUUGUUGGAUUUUGAUUGUGAACGACUUGAAGCAGAUUUCUACAUAUUGAAUUUUUCCAUUCUCUUGGUCUACUAUCUUCGAUCAAAACUGACGUUGAAAAUUCUUGUGCUCUAGCGACAGAGGUUAUUCUGUGACGAAGCUUAGCACAUUUUAGAAAUUUGCUCAUUUGAUUUCAGCGAUUAAUGUCUGUUUUCGGUCAGCGGGAUUUUCAUGAAAGCCAUAUCAUAAGCAGAGAGCGGACAAUUAGUGUCUUUAACCUUGAACAUAGAUAUGUCAUUCAUAAACAUAGAUAC